AUGCACUUCCUCUGCAUGGAGUGCGAGGGUCAGAUGUCCACAAACAGUAUCCACGGUCAUCUCGACAGCAUCUGGAUACACGGCAAUACUCAAAGUCACCACAAUACGCAACACCAACAACCUCUCAUCGGGGCUCACCUCCACCCGGUUCCCCAUAUCGCAGUGGACGAGGGGGUCGGAGUGGUGAACAGUCUGGAUAUUCAGGUCAUGGAACUGAACUCAACUAACCUCAUAUGCAUGUUUAGUCACACGUCUCCUUACCGACAAGACAAUUACUAUUCGAAAAAUGGUGACCAAGGGGAACCAUAUGAUCACAGCCAUGGUGCCUUUGAUAACCCACCGAAGCCCUCCUCUCAACAUGCCCAGGGCACACCAUCCUUCCGUGGAAACUACUCUAGCUCUCGCGGGAACCACGCCCAUCAGGGCCCCGACCGUCGUUUCUCGGGCUCGGGUCCCUCUUCGAGCCACAACAACAAUCGAACUUCACAUAUGGACGACAAUAGCCAUUUCAACAAUUCACAAUGGACAGCCCCGGGGCCCCGUGGCCGUGCUGGGCAAGACAGCCCAAGAACGGGACACAACUACCGAUCCCAAACCCCUUCCACACGGCCCCCGUCUGCCAGCGAUCCACAAUCUCCAAGGGCAGUGGAUAGUGGUAUUCAUCACCGACCUGCUCCCAAGGCAUUCUCAAGAGAAGAGGAUUAUGCCCCGCAAGGGCCCGAAGGCGAUGGCGCACGAAACAUGCCCCCGCCUACCCGUGAUGCGCCGCCCACAACCCCAGCAGAAAACCGUGGAAAAAUCAGCUUCACCUUCAAAGCCAAGAGCACCCCGGCGCCUGCCCCCAAGCCAGUGCCUGACCUCGCACAGCGUAUGCAAGUUCGCGAACCGCCACCCCGUGCUCCUCCUCUAUCUGAAGUCCCUUCCCCUCGCAACCGUUUGACGAAUGGUCCAUUGCCCAAAUUCAAACCCGAACCACGUUUUGAUCGCUUUGAUCGAGAUCGCGGGCGGGAUCGGGGACGGGAUCGUGGUCGAGACCGCGGACGAGAUCGUGGACGAGACAGAGAACGAGAUUUUGACCGACGAGAUCACAGAGAUCACCGAGAUCCCAGAGAUCACAGAGACCCCCAAGACCCGCACGGCCGAAGAGAUGAUCGUCGAUUUGACCAGCGUCGUGAUCGCGGAAGGGGAGACCGACGCCCAGACUUCCGACAAGAGCGUCGUAGAGACUUUACUCCAGAGCCACCGAGGGAACUCCCACCAAAGGAACUACCACCGAAACAAACGAAGAUUGUUCUACGCCCUAAGCCACGUCCCAAGCUAUCCGAAGAGUUUGCUAAAGCCGAUUCCGUCUAUUAUCGCAAGCCGGGCAACGAAUCCGUUAUUGGCGCAGGCACGUACGGAAAGGUCUUCAAGGGAAUACACGUGUAUACCCAACGCAAGGUUGCAUUGAAAAAGAUCCGAAUGGAAGGUGAAAAGGAUGGAUUCCCCGUGACAGCUGUGCGCGAAAUCAAGCUCCUCCAACAUCUCCGCAACCACAACGUCGUGAAUCUUUUAGAAGUUAUGGUUGAGAAAAACGAAUGCUUUAUGGUAUUCGAAUAUCUCUCACACGACCUCACUGGCCUUAUCAAUCAUCCCACCUUCGCACUCACUGUUGCCCAUAAGAAGGACCUGGCGAAACAAUUGUUCGGAGGCCUGGACUAUCUCCACCACCGAGGUGUCCUUCACCGUGACAUUAAAGCCGCCAAUAUCCUCAUCAGCAACCAAGGUCUCCUAAAAUAUGCAGACUUCGGUCUAGCUCGAUUCUUUUCAAAGAGUCGGCCACUGGAUUACACUAACCGGGUGAUCACUAUCUGGUACCGUCCACCUGAGCUUCUACUCGGUGAAACUCGCUAUGGCCCCGCAGUCGAUGUAUGGAGUGCCGCGUGUGUCUUUAUUGAAAUGUUCACGAAGAAGGCCGUGUUCCCCGGCGAAGGAGGCGAGCUCAGCCAGCUCGAGAAACUUUACAAUUGCUUGGGUACUCCGACCCGCGCCGACUGGCCGGACCUUGUCGAAAUGCCAUGGUUCCAGCUGAUGCGUCCCACCGAACGGAAGAAGCGAGUCUUCGAGGAUGUGUAUCGGGAAAUUUUAUCUCCCGCUGCCCUGGACCUCAUCUCUCAGAUCUUCCGAUAUGAUCCAACAAAGCGACCGAGUGCGGAAGAAGUCCUUCAGCAUCCCUACUUCACGUCUGAAGAACCCGCUCCGCAACAAGCUUUCGAGCUGGAGCACAUUGAAGGGGAUUGGCACGAAUUCGAAUCCAAGGCUCUACGAAAAGAAGCCCGGCGCGCAGCCGAGUAUCAAAGUCAAAAGGAUCGUGAAAAACGCAAGGCCGAUGCAUCGGUGACGUCGAGUGAUCGAGAUUCCAAACGCGUCCGGGAGACUUAG